UCAUGCUAAGCAUUAUUUACUAGCAUUAUUGAUGGCGAUUACCUUUUUUUAUUCUUGUACACUGCUACAAUACCGAAGACAAUUGGUUCCCGUGAUCAAUCGUUCACAGUCAUUCCUGACCGACAGUACCGUGUCAUUUUGAGUGGGAUUUUCGCCAUGGAACCAUCUCUCCAUCAAAGUUUGCCACCGGAGCUGCAGAUCAUGUCCUUUCAACUUCGCUUGAUGAAGCUGAUAGGAAUAGUAGGCCCCAAAGGGCGCAUGUACCGUUUUUAUCUCGCGUUCGGUUGGGCAACAUUCGUAAUCGUAUUCUCAAAAUCCGUCCUCGGGUUCGGAAGCACCAGGUUCGACGCCAUCACCAAAGGACUUUCAGAGCUACUGUUCGAGGGAAAUCUUAUUAUCGUAUUUGCUGCUUUGGUUCUGAAAUUGCCUCAAUUCACGCGAAUGAUGCAUCUUUUAAGUGAAUUCAUCAGACAAGUAACGCACGACGGCGACCAAUCCAAGGAAUGCUACGAUCUGAUACGUAAGCAAAAUUCAAAAAUGAAGCAAUUCACCAAAUUUUACUUCAUCUAUUGCUGCUUCGGACCGCUCGUUUUCUGCAUUCCGGCGAUGGCCACCAGCUAUGUACGAUACUUCAGCACCAACACCACCACCGAUAGUAAUGAGUCGGAACAGCUAGAGUUCGAACUUCCCAUGGAACAAGAAUUUUACGGACUGAACAUCCGUACAAAUUUCGCACAUUACCACCUCUUCGUGGUGCUCUCGCUGCCAGCCUACUACGUUUGUGCGUACAUGUCGGUGAUCAAGGUUACCACACUGCUCAUGAUGAUCAAAUACAGCUCAUUAACCUACCGGUUGGUGGCGAUUCGUGUCCGAAAAUUGGCACAAUUUACUACACCUCAGCAACAGGACCAAGCAGCAGAGCACAAGGAGGUCAAGCUAGCGAGCAUCGAGAAAAUCGUUCAGCUACACGAAAAAGCAUUCCAGAUAACUGAUCUGGUGGAAAACAUCCUAAGUAUUCCGGUAGCGAUACAAUUCGUAGUCUGCAUCUUGUUCUGGUGUUUGACCAUGUUCUACGUCUCAGCGAACAUAAACUUCAACCUACUCAAUGUGAUGGUUGUGUUCUUGCUGUCUUUGAUCGAGACCUACGGUUAUGCGUAUCUGGGCUCGCAGCUGACGGCCGAGGCACAGGCAGUAGGCCAAGCCGUCUACGAACUAACGUGGUACGAGGAUUCCGCAGAGCUGCAGCGAUAUUAUCGUUUGAUAAUACAGCGUUCGCAGCGGGAAACAGGGAUCACUGCGGCCAAGUUUUUCGUCGUAGGGAUUGAAAAGUUCGGAAAGGUGGUCAACUUGUCAUAUACAUACUAUUUAGUGCUGAAGGAUGUUCUAAAUAGAUUGUAA